AUGAUGAGGAACCAAAUAAUGAAAUGCUGCUUCGCCAUCCAGAAGUUAAUCCUUACCAAUUCCUAUGUCGGACCAUUCAUUUUACGCAACUUCGCCGCUCAAUUUAUUCCAGAUGAAAUUGCAACUCAAAUUGAUGCCCAUAAAUACCCCGAAUUAUUCUGGUCAUUGGUUUCUGUUUCAUUAGAAGAGCUAGAAACCAAUGAAUCCUACUUCCAAGCUUCAUCCAGCCUACUUAAAGGUUUAGAUGAAGCUACAAUCGAUACUGAACUUAUACCUCUUCGCCAGAUUCCAUUUAAGACACUUGUUGUCUUCGGAAGCGAUGAUACAACAAUUGAUACAAAGAAAUCAGAACAAUGGUGGACACAACAACUUCUUAAUGCAAAGGUUGAAUACAUUAAGGAGUCAGGACAUCUCUGUUUCCUUGAGAACGAAGAUGAUACAUUCAACAAAGUUAUUAAUUUUUUGAAUAAUUAA